GCGACCAUCUUUGACUGAGACAACCCAAACAGUAGCAGCUUGGAAAGAACUUAAAGUUCUUGUUGCGCAGGGGACAGAGUAUGAUGUUAUCAACAAAAGAGACUUAAAAAGAAGGAGAAUCUAUAAACGUCUUCAAGAUAGUGUGGAUCAUCUUGUCGCUGUUCAUUCUUCUUCCUUCUCAUCCCGCUUGUUGGCUGUGGUGAGUACAGGGGAUCCAUGGAGACGGCUGUAAAUGGCUGAGGAGCUGUGUACUGGCUGGUUUCGCAUUGUUGCAGGUACAGCAGAUGGUGAAUCGGGACACUCUGGCACUGACAUUUAGAGAGAAGGGCAGACAGAAGUAUUAAAGGAGGGAGGACUAGACAGAAAACUAGAAAGAUAAGGAGAAGAUGGAUUUAUUCACAUCAUUCAAACUACUUGGCUCCUUGGAGAUAGAGGAAUGCAAAUCUGCAACCAUGAUGGAAGGAUUGAAAAAACGUACCAGGAAGGCCUUUGGGAUACGGAAGAAAGAGAAAGACAGUGACUCUACGGGGUCCCCAGACAGAGACGGGGGUUCUCAGAAGAAGACCAACGGGGCCCCCAAUGGCUUCUAUGGAGAUAUUGACUGGGACAGAUAUAACUCUCCUGAGGUGGAUGAGGAGGGAUACAGCAUCAGACCGGAUGAGGAAUCUGAAGAGGGAGCUACCACCAAGAAGUCCCACUUCUUCUCCUCUGAUGAGUCGGAGGAAGAGGAGGACCACAGGAAAAAAUUCAAAAUCAAGAUCAAGCCGCUGCCACCUGACCAUGUUGUGGCAGUGCCCUCAGUCGAUGAGCUCAGAGCCUCCAUCGGCAACAUAGCCCUGUCCCCGUCUCUGAGGAGUCCGAGACGUAGCCCGGGUUUGAAAAGGAACACCUCUGGUGAGGAGAUUGCCAGACCGAGACGAGUCGUCGCCACACCAGCUCCAGCACCACAACCCCCCAGCAGUCCUCAAAUGGCAGUUCCUGAGGACACCACAGCCUUAUUUGGGCCUCCUUUGGAAACAGCCUUUGGAGAACAGAAAAUUGAAGUGGUUCUGUCUGAGUCUGAUGUGUGGGGGAAUCCUUUGUCAGAGCCUUUGACAAGAUCCUUCCCCACAGGAACUCCACCUCCUCUUCCACCCAAAAAUGUCCUGACCUCUCUCCCGACGACUGGACCACCUUCUGCAUGUGCUGAAGUGUCAACAGAAGCCAAUGGCUCCGCCAAGAAGUCCUCGAUAGCAGACUUGGACAAUAUCUUUGGACCAGAGCAGGCUCCCUCUGCUGGUGAAGAUACAGGUGAAAUGUGGGUCUGCUUCACUGAAGAAUCUCCCAACUGUCCGCCUCUACCAAAGGAGGCAGCACAUCCUCUUCCCUCCUCCCCACCUCCUCCAGAGGAACCAGCACCUCCACUACCAGCCUCUCCACCUCCACCUGAAUCUCCUGUCCCUCCCUUACCUACAUCAUUACCGCCUUCAGAAAACCCUGCACCAGCUCUCCCUACCUCCCCUCCCCCAAAAGAAGACCCUGUUCCCCUUCUACCAAGCUCCCCGCCUCCUUCAGAGAAGCCAGCUGCACUUCCUGUCCCCUCAGGCCUUUCUACACCUAAAGACCAAAAUCCUCUCACACUCACCACCUCUCCACCCCCUGCAACACCAAAGGAGGUCGCAUCUCCUCUCGCUUCCCCUCCUCUUGACUCACCUGCCAGCAUCCCACCUGUUUCUGCUCCCAACACUAGCACCUCUCCAGCGGUGACUGCUCUUUCUGAAAAACCUGCUGCACGCACCAUCCCUCCGCCCCUUGACCUGUCUCAAGAGGCGCAGCCCAAGAACACAGACACUACCCAACCCAAAGAGGACGGAGGUGAAACUGUCACCUCACCCAAAGAUGUUAGCCAGGGGAGCCGGAGUACACCUCCCCCACCUCCUCCCCCCACAUACCGUGCAGUAGUUUCAUCGCCGGGUCCCACAUCUGGAGCUGGUGGCAUGAAUAGUGGUUCCUCCUCACCGGUGCGACCUGCCACUCCUUCGUCAGUCAACCCCACCCCACCACCACCUCCACCUCGCCCCCCUUCAAGGCCUAAACUUCCUCCAGGGAAACCCACUGUAGGAGAUGCAAAUCAUCCCUUCAGCCCACCAGUCCACUCAGCCAGCCCGCCUCCUGUUGCUCCAUUGGCACGGGCUGAGAGCACCUCCUCCAUCUCCUCCACCAACUCCCUGAGUGCUGCCACCACCCCCACCAUCAGUAAAGAGCUCUCCGUGUCUGUGUCAGAGAAUGACCAGCCAUCCCUUGUAUGGUUUGACAGAGGGAAGUUUUAUUUAACCUUUGAAGGCUGCUCCAGAGGGCCCAGUCCCCUCACCAUGGGUGCUCAGGACACUCUUCCUGUAGCUGCUGCAUUCACAGAGACAGUCAACGCCUUCUUUAAAGGAGCUGAUCCCAGCAAGUGUGUUGUGAAGAUCAUAGGUGAGAUGGUUUUGUCAUUUCCAGCGGGAAUCACACGGCACUUUGCCAAUAACCCGUCCCCCACUGUGCUAACCUUCAGCAUAACCAACUACAGUCGGCUGGAGCAUGUGCUGCCUAACCCCCAGCUCCUCUGCUGUGACACCACCACCACCACACAAGUCAAGGUUGAUGCCAAGGACUUCUGGGUAAACAUGCCAAAUCUGAUUUCCCAUUUAAAGAAAGUGGCAGAGCAGAAGCCACAAGCAACAUACUAUAACGUGGACAUGCUCAAGUAUCAGGUAACGGCACAGGGCCUUCAGUCCACUCCACUGAACCUGGCGGUAAGCUGGAGGUGUGAGCCCACCAGCACUGAUCUUAGGAUAGACUAUAAAUACAAUGGGGAGGCCAUGUCGAAGCCAGUGGCCCUCAACAAUGUCCAGUUCCUCGUCCCUGUCGAUGGAGGGGUUUCAAAACUACAAGCUGUCUUACCUCCUGCUGCAUGGAAUGCAGAGCAGCAAAGAAUGCUUUGGAAGAUUCCUGAUAUUUCACAGAAAUCUGAAAAUGGAGGUGUGGGGUCAUUGUUAGCACGCUUCCAGCUAACAGAAGGGCCCAGUAAACCAGCACCGCUGGCAGUACAGUUCACCAGUGAGGGCAGCACCCUGUCAGGCUGUGACAUUGAACUGGCUGGGCCAGGAUACCGCUUCUCUCUCAUCAAGAAGAGGUUUGCCGCAGGAAAAUACCUGGCCGACAACUAACCCAACUAAGAGCAGCACUGUUGAACAAUACAGUCGCAAUGUACUGAGAAUGACAUCGAGGACAGAGGACAGACCAAUGCCAGACAAGCUUUCCAUUAACCUUUUCUGAACCCACAGGUCUGCAGCCUACCCAACAGUAUUGUAUAAGUUACAUAUACCAUUGUGGAACUGUUCUCGGUCACGUAAUUAUUGUAUUUGUAUUCAUUUCAUAACUUCUGUAUUGCUGCAUUUAAACACCUGGGUUCUCUCUUCUAAAGUCUGUGCUUCUGUCUACAUCUGCCUCUGGUCAAUGUGUGGUUGUGUUUUUAAAAGUUUCACUGCAGCUGCCUGACCGAAGGUGUACAGAAAGAGCCUCAGCUAGAUUAUACUCUGGUUGACGGUUGUCGUCCCUUGUCCAGAAACAUUUGGCUGUAAAAAUAUCCUUCAGUAAUAUCUUUGUGGUCAGACACACCUCAACCUCUGAUAUAUCAAAACGUAGAUUAAUUAAAGCAAGGGCCUAGGACAGUACACAGCAAAGUUAAACACCUUCAUUAGGACAUACAAAAAUCACAGCUCCGAGCUCAAAGCCUGGGAGAGCUGUCCUCACUGUGGCCAUUUGUGUGGGGUUGACCUCAACUGAAUGCAUUUCCUGAUCCAUACGUUGUGUGCAAUCAGAUGAAACACAGGAUCAAGUAGCUACAAAACACUAGAAUUUCAUGCAUCACCUACUGGUACUUACAGGGUCACAUGACUUUGAACCGCAUCCUUUUUAAUGCAACUGCACUGAGCAGUCAAACUUAUUUUAUCUGUCUGGAAUAUAUACAUGUGGAGAGGUUUUUAGCAAGUUAGGCAGCUGCAAUGAUAAAUCAACAUACUGGUUGCAAAAUAAGAAAAACAUGUUUUAAUGUCAGAAUAAAAGAAGUGUACAAAGUGU